AUGAAGCUGGCACAUCUGCACUUCCCCGACAUCACCUCCUUCGCGCGGGUCGCCAAUUUCCAGCAGAUCCUCACCAACCGCCUCCUCGCCUACAAACGACUCAGCUCUCCAGCCGCAGCAGACACCCCACACUCCUCCAGAUCAAACCCCACCUCACCACCAGACCCCACCUUCAUCACCUUCACCCCAAACCCCGUCUACACCACCGGCCGCCGCGACCUCCCCCCGUCCAACACCGCCCCCUCCUCGCAGCAGUCCAGCGCCCUCUCCCUCCCCACCGCCCUCGAACCCAUCCGCGCCCUCCUCACCGCCCCACCCCAUGGCUCCCCAGUCGCAGAGUACCACCCGACCCUGCGCGGCGGCCAGACGACCUACCACGGCCCCGGACAGAUGGUCGCAUAUACCAUCCUGGACCUGCGCCGGCUCGGCCUCACCCCGCGCUGCCACAUCCGGCUGCUCGAGAACAGCGUCAUCGACGUUCUCCGCGGGUACGGCGUCCAGGGCCUCGUGACGGAGGACCCCGGGGUGUGGGUGCGGCCGACGCCGCCGCUGACAGGGCCUGGGUCGGGGUCGGGGUCGAAAAAAAGCGAUGGUGCUGGCGGUGGCUUGCCGCUGCCGAAGAAGAUCACCGCCGUGGGAGUCCAUCUGCGGCGCAACAUCAGCAGCUACGGGAUCGGGUUCAACGUCACCGAGGAGCCGAUGUGGUAUUUCCAGCAGAUCGUGCCGUGUGGGCUUGAAGGGCGCGAGGCGACGAGCUUGGAGGGUCUGGGGGUGACCGGGGUGCCGAUCCGGCAGGUUGCGGAUCAGUUUGUCGAUGCGUUUGUGCAGAGGGUCAAUGCGGAUUUUGCGUGUGGUGGGAGUGCGUCCGGGGAGACGAUUGAUGGGGUGUACAGGGUGCGAGAAGAGGAUCUUCUUCGGGAAGCAUGA